GGGUCAGACCGCGCAUGCGCAGUAGUCAGGGGGGUCCUCUGCGCCUCAAACAUGGCCGAGCUGUUGCGGCCAGGAUGCUGAGAUUUUCCGUGGGAUGGGAGGACUGCGGGCGGCCAUGGCAAGGCUGGCAGACUACUUCAUAGUGGUGGGCUACGACCAUGAGAAGACGGCCUCUAGUGAAGGAUUGGGCAAAAUAAUUCAAAGGUUUCCUCUGACGGACUGGAGCGAAACGCCGUUCCCACAAGGGAUUGAACUGUUUUGUCAACCGGCAGGAUGGCAGCUGUCUCGCGAGAGGAAACAACCCACCUUCUUCGUCGUGGUUUUAACGGACAUCGACUCGGACCGCCACUAUUGCGCAUGUCUGACAUUUUAUGAGGCUGAAAUCAACUUGCAGGGAACAAAGCACGAUCACAGCGAUGGAGAUGAUGAGGAUUCUGGCCUAAUUCAACCCGCGCAGAUUUUUGCUCCUAAAUGUUUGGUGCUGGUUUCCAGAUUAGAUUAUCCCGAGAUUUUCAGGGCCUGCCUGGGACUCAUCUACACCGUCUAUGUGGACAAUCUGAAUGUCUCUCUGGAAAAUCUGGUGGCUAAUCUGCUGACAUGUAUCAUUCCGUCUGCCGGGGGUUCCCAGAAACUCUUUUCGUUGGGUGCCGGAGACCGCCAGCUGAUCCAGACCCCUCUGUACGAAAGCCUGCCAGUGACGGGAACCAGCGUCGCCCUCCUCUUCCAGCAGUUAGGAAUCCAAAACGUUCUCAGCCUCCUCUGUGCGGUGCUUACCGAAAACAAAGUCCUCUUCCAUUCCUCCAGUUUCCAGCGCCUCAGUGAUGCAAGCCGGGCGUUAGAAGCGCUCAUGUACCCUCUGAAAUACAGCUAUCCCUACAUUCCAAUCCUUCCAGCGCAGCUUCUCGAGGUCUUAAGCUCCCCAACGCCGUUCAUUAUCGGGGUCCAUUCUGUCUUCUGCUCCGAGAUCCAUGACCUGCUCGAUGUGAUUAUAGCAGACCUGGAUGGAGGUACAAUCAAAAUUCCGGAAUGUAUCCACCUCUCUGUGCUGCCGGAGCCCCUCUUCCAGCAGAUACAGACUUCCCUCUCCCUUGUUCUGCAUCCGGAUCUAGAAGUUGCAGAUUAUGCCUUCCCUCCUCUACGCUCAACUUUGUCUCAUGUAAAAAUGCUGGAUAAAGAAGUGCGCGCCAUCUUCCUGCGAUUAUUCGCUCAGAUAUUUCAGGGAUAUCGCUCCUGCCUUCAGCUCAUCAGGAUACAUUCAGAGCCGGUCAUCCACUUCCACAAGGCUGCGUUCCUGGGCCAGCGCGGCUUGAUAGAGAACGACUUUCUCACUAAAAUCCUGAAUGGGAUGUCCUUUGCUGGCUUCGUGUCCGACCGCGGCCCUCCGUACCGAUCCUGCGAUCUCUUCGAUGAGCUGGUGUCGUAUGAAGUGGAAAGAAUUAAAGAUGAGGAAAACUACAGCCCCCAGGAAACACUCAAGCGCAUCAAGGAGCUUGCCGAACAACUCUUUAAAAACGAAAAUCCCAAUCCCCAUAUGGCAUUUCAGAAAGUCCCAAAACCAACGGAGGGGUCUCAUUUGCGCGUUCACGUACUCCCCUUCCCCAAGAUCAAUGACCUCAGAGUCCAGGAACUGAUCCAAGAUGGAAUCCACAAGAACCAGAAUUCUACCCAGGCCACUCGCAUAGAGAAGAAGUGUAUUGUCCCCGCCGGCUCCCCUGUUGUCUCUAUAGUAGACAAGGUCAGCUCCGUUUUUAACAGUGCCCGACGACUGGAAGUGGUUCGGAAUUGCAUCUCAUACAUCUUUGAAAACAAAAUACUGGAAACAGAAAAGUCUCUACCAGCCGCCCUCCGUGCACUGAAGGGAAAAGCUGCUAGGCAAUGCCUAACGGAGGAACUCGGUCACCAUGUUCAGCAGAACCGCGCCAUCCUCAACCACCAGCAGUUUGAUUACGUCAUCCGGAUGAUGAACUGCACACUCCAGGAUUGCUCCAACUCUGAGGAAUAUAAUAUAGCAGCUCAACUACUUCCACUGGCCACCGCCUUCUGUAGGAAACUGUCUCCCGGGCUCAGCCAGUUCGCCUACACCUGUGUCCAGGAUCACACCAUAUGGACCAAUCAGCAGUUCUGGGAGACGACGUUUUAUAACGAUGCUCAGAACCAAGUGCGAUCCCUCUACCUGACCUCUAAAAAUGCCAAUCAGGAGCCGGAUUCCAAUCCUAAGGAGAACGGAGUGGAGAGUUCAGACGAGGAGAACACAGUGAUGGACAUCGCUGCCGAGCAGUUACGUCAUUGGCCGUCACUCAGCAAGCAGCAGCAAAUGGAACUGGUGCAGAGCGAGGAAAGCACCGUCUUUAGCCAGGCCAUCCACUUUGCUAACCUUAUGGUGUACCUCCUAGUUCCGCUAGACACCAGCAAGAACAAGUUGCUGCGGACCUCUGCCGCCGCGGACUGGGAGAGUGGCAGCAAUAGUAUUGUCACCAACAGCAUUGCCGGCAGUGUUGCGGAGAGCUACGACACAGAGAGUGGGUUUGAGGAUUCGGAGAGCGAUAUUGCCAACUCGGUGGUGCGAUUUAUCACAAGAUUUAUUGACAAAGUCUGCACGGAGAGUGGGGUGACCCAAGAUCACAUCAAGAGCCUGCACUGCAUGAUCCCAGGUAUUGUAGCUAUGCACAUCGAGACCCUAGAGGCCGUACAUCGAGAGAGCAGGAGGUUACCACCAAUCAAGAAGCCCAAAAUCCUCAGACCAGCCUUGCUUCCUGGGGAAGAAUUUGUCUGUGAAGCUUUGCGUGUGCUCUUGGACCCCGACGGAAGAGAAGAGGCGACUGGAGGAAUGUUAGGAGGACCUCACAUCCUGCCAGCAGAGGGCGCUCUCUUCCUUACCACAUAUCGCAUCAUUUUUAAAGGCACUCCACAUGACCCAUUAGUGGGCGAGCAGACCGUAAUACGCAGCGUCCCCAUCGCAUCCAUAACCCGAGAGAAGAAGAUCAACAUCCAGAACCACCUACAGCAGAACAUGCAGGAAGGACUCCAGAUUCGAUCGGCCACUUUCCAGCUGAUUAAAGUAGCAUUUGAUGAGGAGGUCAGCCCGGAGAUGGUGGACCUUUUCAAGAAGCAACUGACGAAGUUCCGCUACCCCGUCUCCAUCUUCAGCAUGUUCGCUUUCGCUGCAGGACAGGCGGCGCCCCCUAUCGUCCUUCCGAAGCAGAAGGAAAAAAACACCUCUUUCCGGACACUUUCUAAAACCAUUGUAAAAGGGGCCAAACGUGCCGGGAAGAUGACAAUCGGACGGCCAUACGUUGCCAAAAAGAAGACUGGAACCAUUAUUGAGGAGCGAGGCAGCCGCAAUGAAGAGGACGACAUUUCUGUUUCAGAUGAUAAUGAGCUGCCGAGCGGAACCUUGAAAGCGUCGGAGAAGUCCACCAUGGAGCAGCUAGUGGAGCGGGCCUGUUUCCGGGACUACCAGCGCCUGGCCUUGGGGACCAUCAGCGCCAGCUCCACGCGGAUCAAGUCCGAACAUUUCCGAGUGACGGCCAUGAACAGGAUGUACUCCCUGUGCCGGAGUUACCCCGGUCUUCUUGUUGUGCCGCAGUUGGUACAGGACAGCAGUCUGCAGAAAGUUGCCAGGUGUUAUCGCCAUAACAGACUGCCGGUGGUCUCCUGGAAAAACGCCAAAACAAACGCUCUCCUUCUUCGGUCUGGGGGCUUCCAUGGAAAGACUGUGGUUGGGCUCUUUAAAUCACAGAAUACGCACCCUGCUGCUCCAGCCUCAUCUCUUGAGUCAUCAAGCAGCAUCGAGCAGGAAAAGUAUUUACAGGCUUUGCUGAAUGUUAUCUCUGUCCACUACAAGUCCAAUGCAGGAAGCACCAUGACCAUCAGGCCUACCCUGGCCCUAUCACCAGGCAGUGCCAGAAAGAGCUACCGAAUGAGCAGUAUGGUUAAACAUGUUGUGCCAGGACACUUGGAUGGCAGUCCGUCCAAUAGCUUUUCCCGAGGAGUCCUUGGGUUACACCCAACUGCUAAGGCAAGGAUACAUGCUGCAGGCGUUUGGGCCAGCCUGCGCUCAAGCAAUCGCCUAAUCACCACCCAGACACCGCUUAUUGAUGUUGGCGCCCGGCUAGCAGGAAAGGAUCACGGAGCUUCAUACAGCGACCAGACCUCACUACAGAACAGCCUGCUAAAGCGCCAGGCCGCGCUCUACAUCUUUGGUGAAAAAUCUCAGUUGAGGGGUUUCAAGUUUGACUUUGCCUUGAACUGUGAGUUUGUACCGGUUGAGUUUGGUGACAUUCGACAAGUGAAGACCAGUUUUAAGAAGCUAAUGAGAGCCUGUGUGCCGAGCAGUGUCCCCGGGGACUCGGAUGCCACUUUUUUCAAGUCAUUGGCUGAUUCGGAGUGGUUCCUACAGAUGCACAGAAUAAUCCAACUGUCUGUUAUUGUGUCGGAGCUGAUGGAGUGCGGAUCCUCAGUGAUGAUCAGCCUGGAGGACGGCUGGGAUAUCACCACACAGAUCAUCUCUCUUGUGCAACUGCUGGGAGAUCCGUAUUACCGCACGUUGGAGGGUUUCCGCAUGUUGAUUGAGAAGGAGUGGCUUUCAUUCGGCCAUAAAUUCAGCCAGCGAAGUAACUUGUCCCUUAACAGUCAGGGUAGCGGCUUUGUGCCCAUCUUCCUGCAGUUUCUGGAUUGCGUGCACCAGAUACACAAUCAGUACCCCACGGAGUUCGAGUUCAAUCGUUACUAUCUCAAGUUCUUGGCAUUCCAUCACGUCUCCAACCGCUUCAAGACCUUCCUGCUGGACUCGGACUACGAGAGGCUGGAACACGGCACCCUGUUUGAAGAUAAAGGAGACAAACGCACAAGGAAAGGUUUGUGUAUCUGGGAAUAUAUCGAGAGGGCGCACCGGAAGAGUCCCGUCUUCUUCAACUAUUUGUACGCACCGACCAAACUGGAGGCGUUAAAACCAAGUGCCAACAUCUCCACCCUGAGGAAGUGGGAGUACUACACCGAGGAAACGUUGGCAUUGGGACCGUCCUACGAUUGGACGGCAUCCCCUUCUCGAUUACACGCCCCCGAGGAGCCAGUUGAAGAAACAUCACAGCAAGGAAGAAGGAAGGUGGUAUGGCCGUGUUAUGACGACGUCAGCAAAGUACAGCCGGACGCCAUAACGCAUCUUAUGAAUGAAAUCGAGAGACUGGAGAGCGCCUUGAGUCAGAGUUCAGAGCGAUGGCAGCUUCUGUGGGAGAAGACGAAGGUGAAAUCCAAGGAGGACGCCAAGACGGAGAUUAGGAAAACUUCCAACUUGAUGUCCCCCAACCUGCAGUCUUAUCAGAAGACAUCCAUGGUCCAUCUCCCAGAUAGUGGCAUAGGGGAGGAUCAGCAGCACAUGACGUCCUCGCCCCCCAAUGGGGUGGAUCGGAGAUCAGCUACACUGUACAAUCAUUUUACCUCCAAGAACGAGGAGAACAGAUCAUUUGAAGGGGUUUUGUAUAAGAGGGGCGCUCUGCUGAAGGGCUGGAAACCUCGCUGGUUUGUCCUGGAUGUCACCAAGCAUCAGCUCCGGUAUUACGACUCCGGUGAGGACACGAACUGUAAGGGGCACAUCGACCUUGCCGACGUCGAGAUGGUUGUUCCUGCAGGGCCAACAAUAGGAGUGCCAAAACACGCCAGUGAGAAGGCUUUCUUCGAUGUAAAAACCAGCAAGCGGGUGUACAGUUUCUGCGCUCAGGACGCACAAAGUGCCCAGCAGUGGAUGGACAAGAUCCAGAGCUGUAUAUCGGACGCGUAGGAUGCCAUACAGACUGCCGUCUCUGGGAUAGCGCUAGCCAUAUCUCCUCUUGUUACAAGAAGGAGUUUUUAUUUUUAUUUUUUUUUGUAUUGUGCAGUUUUGAAGGACCUCUUCCUUUCAGGUAGCCAACAUCUUCAGAACGUUACAGGGCACUCAGAAGUUCCUCUUUGUGGGGUCAGCUUGGAGAAUUCCUCCUCCCUUGUAGCGCCAAGGCAGCUUACUGGGGGGCACUCCGCAAGUAUUAUUACAUUGUUACAGGUGAAGGUCACACUUUGGGAGCUUAAAAUGUAUCUCCACCUUUCUAAGAACGCCUUUAUCUUAUGACAGGGCUGUGGCAUCAUCAAUAAGUAAUAUGUAUUUCCAGUCUUGAUCCUUCAUGUUGGCACAGGGGGUUUGAAGUAUUUGGUUUGUCCGGUGGGAAAGGUUCACCUUUUUAUAUUUGCCAAGGGUCUUCUACAGCAAGUUCUUAUAGAUCUGGUUAGGCCUGCUGUAAGAAAUCAUAGGGCCCGUCAGUCUGCCUGACAGAACCCAAGCCUGCCACCACCUCAUUAUCUCACACCUACAAAUUACAUGGUGGGCUCUGAAGCAUGCUCCUGGCAUACGUAGCUAUGGAGAAAGAAGUCGCACAAAUCAAUCAGCGUUAGUUAGAACAUCCAUUCUCAACCACGGUUCCAUGGAACUCUAGGGGUGGAUAAGGGUUCCUUAAGACGUGGCUGACCUCCCGUCUGAUGGUGCCAGCAUAGUUCCUGGUGCAACACCACUUGGCAGAGCCAGCGGCAUGGCUGCAAGAGAGUCAUCCUGGACACCAUUGUAAUGAAAAUAAAACUGGGAUGCCUCCAAAGAUGAGGAGAAAAAAAUAGGCCACGGGAGAGUUUAAGGUGUAGUUGUUUAUCAAAUAAUUAGAUGAAAUAUAGGAAGAGAAAGUAAAAUGUGAUGGGGUACUUACAUCUGUGAGGUUGUUGAGCUCCCCAACGGGAGAAUCAGACAACCUAGGGUGGUGAUGGUGAACCUUGGCACCCCAGAUGUUUGGGAACUACAUUUCCCAUGAUGCUCGUGCACUCUUCAGUGUAGUUGAGCAUCAUGGGAAAUGUAGUUCCAAAACAUCUGGGGUGCCAAGGUUUUCUCCAUCACUAUCCUGAAAUAUGACUGUCCCCGCACAGAGAAAGUUUGUACUUGGUGGGUCCGCUCUGCGGUCUCAGGAUUCAAAGUAUGAGGUCUUUGAGCCCCCCAAAAAAUGGUAAAGUGAUGUCGGCAGAGGCACCCGAAUGUGAAGGAAAAGUGGACUUUCCAUAAAUUUUGAUAUAUAUCGCUUACAGAAAAGUACAAACAAAAAAAAAAAAA